UGGGGCAGAGGACGCGGAAGCGGCUGCCGGGGGAGGAGGGGGGUGCAGGGUGCGCCCGGACAGAGUGGUCGCUCCCGGUGAGGAGCUAGGAAACCAGCGGUAACGUGACCGGUGCAUGGACCAGGAGGGGAGCAGCGCCAGGCGGUGCGGAGGGGAGUCACUCUACAGCAAUGACGGAAUAUAAACUGGUGGUGGUGGGAGCUGGAGGUGUUGGAAAAAGUGCCUUAACUAUCCAACUUAUUCAGAACCAUUUUGUGGAUGAAUAUGAUCCUACCAUCGAGGAUUCUUACCGUAAACAGGUUGUCAUUGAUGGGGAGACCUGCUUGCUGGAUAUCUUAGAUACUGCGGGGCAAGAAGAGUAUAGCGCAAUGCGUGACCAGUAUAUGCGCACUGGGGAAGGCUUUCUUUGCGUCUUUGCAAUCAACAAUAGCAAAUCGUUUGCUGAUAUAAAUUCCUAUAGGGAGCAGAUAAAAAGAGUGAAAGACUCAGAUGAUGUUCCUAUGGUGCUUGUUGGUAACAAAUGUGAUCUGCCGACAAGGACUGUAGACACCAAACAGGCCCAAGAACUAGCCCGAAGUUACGGGAUCCCAUUUGUUGAGACAUCAGCGAAAACGAGACAGUCUUUUUGGCCAAAGCACUGGAGGUCUUGCUCUCCACAAGAAGACCAAAACUCAAAUGCCACCUGCACAAGACUGUUCAAACAGCAUCUCCACUUGACAAAUCGUUUACCUCAUUCAUGGAUGGUCUUAUCACUGUGUGUGCACUUACCACAUAGCUGCUGCCUUGUGGCCCCUACAUGUUAACUGCAUCUCUCGUGAAGCUCUAACCCGAAAGGAAAUCGCCUUGAUGUUUGUUCCUCAAGCGGUUAUACAAAAAGCAUGAUGUGAAGGUGUUGGUGUUGUGUUCAUCUCAAGGAUUUAUGUCGUGCAGUGACCACCUGCCAUGCCGUUCGAAUAACUUUGGGUGUAUACCACUAUAAUCCAGUCUCAUUGACAGAGAGAUGUCCCUUUACUUUGAACUGACAUGAUACCCGACGCUCUGUUUGUUCCUUCUGACUUUAUCACCUUAAAAUAUUUGCCACCUUCAGAAAAUGAUCCCCUCCGCAAGUGUCUAAGAAGAAUGACAUGACGGCCUGAUCACAUUUCUGAUCUGUCCUUGCUGGACUUCCAUUGGAAUGCACAUAAUGGUUAUAGCACCACAAUGAUGAUGUUCGUUUUGGAGGUGAAGGCUGUCUGUUUUGUAGAGGUUCACCUCUUGCCUUACUCUGUUUCAGCACUGAUGGGUCAAUGUUAAUAGCAGCACAUUACAGAAUGUUGGGGCCCAUAAUGGAGGCUCCACAUACAGGGCUAUAUUAAACUAAACCUUUUAGAAAAUUUAAAUUACAAUGUAUUGUCCUUAUGUAUUUGUACAGAAUUUAUCAACCCCUCUCCAGAAAAAACUUUCAAUUCAAGUAUAGGUUCAUGUAAAACACGGAGUAACGCUUCCUGUAUGUGAUUUAAUGGAUACAGGUUCUUAGCGCUGAUGUGUCAAUAAAAUAUACAGUUUUCACAUUU